AUGCUUCGUAGACAAGCUAGAGAAAGAAGGGAAUAUAUUUACAAAAAGGCACUCGACACCCAAGAACGUCAGACUUAUGAACGCAAACAAAAACUGAAGGAAGCCCUGGCCUCAGGAAAGCCUCUUCCAACAGAAUGGAGGGAUGAAGCAAGAAAACUCGCGAAAGACUACCAGUUCGAUGAGGCCCAGGCUGAACCUUCUACGCACAUUGAUAGCGAGUACUCGAUGGCAGGGAUUCUAGACCCAAAGAUUGUCAUCACAACCUCGCGAGAUCCAAGUUCAAGGCUCUUACAGUUCGCGAAGGAAAUGCGGCUGGUAUUCCCCAACUCGACACGCGUGAAUCGAGGGACAUAUGUUAUAAAAGAGCUCGCUGAAGCUUGUCGCGCAAACCAAAUAACCGAUCUGAUUAUUUUUCAUGAGCAUCGAGGAACACCAGAUUCAAUGAUUGUUUCACAUUUCCCUCAUGGCCCUACCUUCUUUUACACACUAUCUAACGUCUCUCUACGACAUGACAUCGCUUCAUACAAAGAUUCCACGGUGUCCGAACAGUAUCCUCACCUCAUUUUCGAGAACUUUACCAGUCGUUUAGGUAAACGGGUCAUGGAUGGUCUUAGGUAUCUCUUCCCUGUGCCAAAGGAAGACGCGAAGCGUGUUAUGACUUUUGCAAAUGAGUCGGAUUUCAUUUCCUUCCGUCACCACGUUUUUGUGAAAACUUCUCAUAAAGAGAUUCAGUUGGCAGAAGUUGGACCACGAUUCGAGAUGAAACCGUACGAAAUUCGGUUGGGUACAAUAGAACAGAAUGAGGCCGACAAAGAAUGGGUCUUGGCGUAUUACACAAGGACUGCAAGGAAACGGCGGUACCUGUAA